GAGCACGCCCGCGUCGUUAGGGAGGAAGGCGCGGCGUCCCUGGUUACGGGUUCAGGCAAAGGGCAAAGGGCAGCGUCCGGGUUGAGCUAUAGCAAGGCUUGGGAAUGGCGGCGUCCGGGGAGCCCGCGAGGCCCCGGCAGGAGGAGGUGGCGGCGGCGGCGGCGGUGGUGGUGGUGGGUUCCUGCAUGACCGACCUGGUCAGUCUUACUCCUCGCUUGCCGAAAACUGGAGAAACCAUCCACGGACAUAAGUUUUUCAUUGGCUUUGGAGGAAAAGGUGCCAACCAGUGUGUCCAAGCUGCUCGACUUGGAGCAAAGACGUCCAUAGUCUGCAAGGUUGGCAAAGAUUCUUUUGGCAAUGAUUACAUAGAAAACUUAAAACAAAAUCAUAUUUCUACAGAAUUUACAUAUCAGACCAGAGAUGCUGCCACAGGAGCUGCUUCUAUAAUUGUCGACGAUGAAGGCCAGAAUAUCAUCGUCAUAGUGGCUGGAGCAAAUCUGCUUUUGAAUACUGAAGACUUGAAGAAGGCAGCCAGUGUUAUUAGCAGAGCCAAAGUGCUGGUCUGCCAACUCGAAAUAAGCCCCGCGACUUCUCUAGAAGCUCUGACAAUGGCCCGCAGCAGUGGAGUGAAAACAUUGUUCAAUCCGGCUCCCGCCAUUGCUGACCUGGACCCCCGGUUCUACACCCUCUCCAGUGUGUUCUGCUGCAAUGAAAGUGAGGCUGAGAUUUUAACGGGCCUCGUGGUGAACAGCCCAACCGAGGCUGGGAAGGCUGCAUUGGUUCUCCUAGAACGGGGCUGCCAGGUCGUGGUCAUCACCUUAGGGGCUUCAGGAUGUGUGACACUGUCACAGGCGGAACCUGUACCAAAGCACAUCCCCACAGAAGCAGUCAAGGCUGUGGAUACCACGGGUGCUGGUGACAGUUUCGUGGGGGCUCUGGCCUUCUACCUGGCCUACUACCCAAAUCUAUCCUUGGAAGAAAUGCUCAAGAGAUCAAAUUUCAUUGCCACAGUCAGUGUCCAGGCUGCAGGAACACAGUCCUCGUAUCCAUACAAGAGAGACCUUCCUCUUGCUCUGUUCUGACUGCUGCUGCCCCUAAAUACAUGUAAUCUGGAAAUAAAAUGCACAUGGGUGUGGCCAUUCUUAGCUCACAAUUGCUAGGAAAAUGCCCUUCCUCUGUAAAUAUUAUGUUCAUUUAUGAAGUCGUCAAGCCUUGACUCAGA